UGGCACUCUGACACACCCUCAGAAAGUCAGAGCACUGGGAGAACAGAAGACUUCACAAUUUAAUGCCUUGAUUUUUAAAAAAGAAUCCUUACACUCAUAUCUCCUAGCCAUCAGAUGAAGAAUGAGACAGCAAAAGUUCAAAUGGCCUGUUUCAAGUUUCUGAUAUAAAACAAUGACUUUUUCAGAAAAUCCCGGAUUUCCAGAGAGAGAGAGUGACUGGUUAAAAAUCUGAAAGAGGACACUGGCUAAAAGAAGGUAUUGCAUCUCAUACGAGUGGAUUGUGUCUGUGGAAAACGUAAGCCCCUUGCCAGAAGAGCAGCUUCCCAGCAAAGGCAGCGGGUGAAAACAGCAGAGGUCUUAAGACACUGGGGACCUGGAGUCAAAAGGGACCUCCUUCAGGUAAAACGCAGUGUGAGAAAUGGCCUCAUUCGGUGACUGCAAGUGACACAGCAGAAAGUUGGUAAGGUGUAUUCUGUAACUAGGGUAUCCACAAAAACUGCAGGAGAAGAUAUAUUCAUUCAUUUUGCUUUCCUUUUGAAAAAAACUUCCUUUUCAUUCUUUGUGACUAGAUGAUAGAGGCUGGAGUUAGUUCUGCCCUAACAGGUAGCAUAGUAAAGGGAUUUCCCCAGAUUUCUAUCUGGAGUUCCAGCCAAGUGAAAUAAUUUCCCUAGGAAAAUGAGGAAGUCCUUUGACCCACAGACAUUGGUAGUUCAAGGCCUUUCAAAUAUUCAUUACUUUUAACUACUCUAAGAAAAUGUGUUACUCAUUUAACAGAUUUUUGUUAAGAAGCUAUUAUGUGCUAGGCAAUGCCAGAUAAUGAACACAAUGUAAAGAAAUUUGUCCUUACGGAGUGCAUAGAAUAAUGGGUGGGACAGAAAAGAAACAAAGUAAAUAGGUUAAAAUAUAUAAAAUAUUUGCUGCUUGUAAGUCCUAAGUAGAUAAAAAAUGAAGCCAGAAAGGGGAUAGGAAAUGUUGGGAGAUGGGAUAAAGUUUUCAGUAGGCUGGCCAAACAGUGCCUUGCCGACAAGGUGACAUUUGACAAAAGAUCUCAACAAAGUGAGAGAGUGAACCCUGCUGGUAUCCAAGGACAUUCCAGGAAGGGAAAACAAUUGUAGUGGCUGGAAACAGGGGCAGGUGCUUCCUUCAGGAAGCAACGAUGAGGUCAGGUGACUGGGCCAGAUUUAGAGGGAAAAAUAAAAGACCUAAUAUCAGAGGGUUAACAGGGUACCAGACUGUGUGAGGCCUUAUCAGAUGGAAAGCCACAGACAGGGUUGGACACAACAUUGAUAUGAUGUUAUUUUCAUUUUAACAUGGUCACUCUGGCUGCUUUUUUGAGAAGUUCCUGAAGGGAUCAAUAACAGCAAGAGGGAACAUGGCAAGGAAGCUAUUCCUAUAAUCCAAGAGAGAGAAGAGGAGAGUUUGGACCAGGUGGUAGUGGUGAUUCUGGGUAUAUUUUGAAGAUACACCCCAUAGGAUUUGCUCUACAUUGAAUGUGGAAUGCUGGAAGAGAGAUAAAGUGUGCCUGCCACAUACUUUUUGAGGUUUAUUUAUUUUCUUAGAAGUAUUUAAGUAUACAAAGAGAUGCUACCUAGGAGAAGGGUAUUCUUUUCACUAUUCUUUCAAAUUUUCUGUGUGUUUGAACAUUUUCAUAGUAGCAAGUUAGGGGGGGAAAUCUGUUUCAUAAACAUUUCCUAAGCAGUAGUCCAGUCUAUUGCAUUUUAAUUGGUUGUGAUAUCAUUGUUUUAUGCAAUAUGUUCUCAACAAGUAUAUCCUCCGGCAAACUGGACAAGGACCAAGUCUGUUCUGCCUACAGCUCUGCUUCCUCAUAGCUGCUUUCCAGAACGUGACUUUGGCAAAUCAUCAAGAAAGGGGAACUAAUCUAAGGAAUCCAGAUCAAACAGCCUCAUGAAGACUUAUUUCAUGUUUCUAAUAUAAAGAUAGAAGUUUUCAGAAAAGCCCUGUUUCAGUUAUACAGAGCAUCAGAGCAGAGGUGGGCCUGCUGGGCUGCAGCUGGGAUUCUGAGCAUCCUUUCCUGGAGGCACAGAAAGUGAGUGAGUGAGUCCAGUGAGCAUUCAUUGUGCCAGUUGCUCAUGGUUCUGCUAAUUGGCCCAGGACUAGUUGUGAUCUGCAGACUGAAGCCAGAGUAAGGAAGAGAAUUCAAGGCACUAAGACAACCAGGAACAGUUUUAUCAAGGAAGAAGUUGAAGCUUUGAUAUGAGUAAACAAGUAUCUCUACCUGAAAGUAUUAAAGACUGGACCAAAGAGCAUGUGAAAAAAUGGGUAACUGAUGACCUUAAGAUUAAUGAGCAAUAUGGACAAAUUCUGCUCAGUGAAGAAGUGACAGGAUUAGUCCUGCAGGAAUUAACUGAGAAGGACCUUAUAGAAAUGGGGCUACCACGGGGUCCAGCACUUUUGAUAAAACGUUCAUAUAACAAAUUGAAUAGUAAGUCCCCUGAAAGUGACAAUCAUGAUCCUGGACAAUUAGAUCAUUCAAAACCGUCCAAAAGACAACACCAAAAAGAUCCAAAACAGACCAAAAAGGAAGAAGAAAAUUCAAUGUCAUCCAAUAUUGAUUAUGAUCCCAGAGAGGUCAGAGAUAUCAAAGAACGAGAAUCAAUUCUUGUGAAAGAAAAUGUGUUAGAAGAAAUAGCAAAUGCUAAAGACAAGAAAAAGGGUGAGCUAAAACCUGAACAAUUGACUUGUAUGCCAUAUCCUUUUGAUCAGUUCCAUGACAGCCAUCGCUAUAUAGAACAUUAUACUCUACAACCUGAAACAGGAGCACUCAAUCUCAUUGAUCCAAUACAUGAGUUCAAAGCUCUCACAAACACAGAAACAGCUGCAGAACUGGACAUUAAAAUGAAAUUCAGCAAUGAAGUCUUCCGAUUUGCAUCAGCUUGUAUGAAUUCACGCACCAAUGGCACCAUCCAUUUUGGAGUCAAGGACAAACCCCAUGGAGAAAUUGUUGGUGUGAAAAUCACCAGUAAGGAUGCCUUCAUUGACCACUUCAAUCUAAUGAUCAAAAAGUAUUUUGAAGAAAGUGAGAUCAAUGAAGCCAAGAAGUGUAUUCGGGAGCCAAGAUUUGUGGAAGUCCUUCUGCAGAACAAUAUGCCAUCUGACAGAUUUGUCAUUGAAGUCGAUAUUAUUUCAAAACACUCUAUAUGCAAAGAUAAGUAUUUCUACAUUCACAUGCAAAUUUGUAAAGAUAAAGUAUGGAAACAAAACCAAAAUCCUUCACUGUUUGUAAGAGAAGGGGCUAGCUCUAGGGAUAUCCUGGCCAAUUCCAAGCAACGGGAUAUAGAUUUCAAAGCAUUUUUACAAAAUUUAAAGUCACUGGUGGCAUCCAGAAAAGAGGCUGAAGAAGAGUAUGGAAUGAAGGCAAUGAAGAAGGAGAGUGAAGGACUAAAGCUGGUUAAACUUCUCAUAGGAAACCGAGACUCACUGGAUAAUUCAUACUAUGACUGGUACAUUCUUGUAACAAAUAAAUGCCAUCCGAACCAAAUAAAGCACUUCGAUUUUUUAAAGGAAAUUAAAUGGUUUGCUGUGUUGGAGUUUGAUCCUGAAUCUGUGAUCAAUGGAGUGGUCAAAGCUUACAAAGAAAGCCGAGUGGCAAACCUUCACUUUCCAAAUCAGUAUGAAGACAAGACAACUAACAUGAGGGAGAAGAUUUCUGCUCUUAAUCUUUACCAACAGCCCAGCUGGAUUUUCUGCAAUGGCAGAUCAGACCUGAAAAGUGAGACAUAUAAACCUCUAGAACCACAUUUAUGGCAGAGAGAAAGAGCUUCAGAAGUCAGGAAACUAAUUUUAUUUCUCACAGAUGAAAAUAUAAUGACAAGAGGAAAAUUUUUGGUAGUGUUUCUAUUACUCUCUUCAGUGGAAAGCCCAGGAGAUCCACUCAUUGAAACUUUCUGGGCUUUCUAUCAAGCUCUCAAAGGAAUGGAAAAUAUGUUGUGUAUCUCUGUAAAUUCAAAUAUUUACCAACGAUGGAAAGAUCUACUACAAACAAGAAUGAAGAUGGAAGAUGAAUUAACAAACCACAGUAUUUCCACAUUAAAUAUAGAACUGGUAAACAGCACUAUCCUUAAACUAAAAUCGGUGACUCAGUCAUCAAGAAGGUUUUUGCCCGCCCAUGGAUCUUCUUCAGUUAUCCUAGAGAAAAAGAAAGAGGAUGUCUUGACUGCACUAGAAAUCCUCUGUGAAAAUGAGUGUAGAGACACAGACAUCGAGAAAGAUGAAUCUAAAUUCCUGGAGUUUAAGAAAUCAAAAGAAGAACACUUUUAUCGAGGUGGCAAAGUAUCCUGGUGGAACUUCUAUUUUUCUUCUGAAAACCAUUCUUCAGAUUUUGUUAAAAGGGACAGUUAUGAAAAGCUUAAAGAUUUAAUACAGUGCUGGGCAGAGUCUCCUAAACCAAUAUUUGCGAAAAUCAUCAAUCUGUAUCAUCAUCCAGGCUGUGGGGGUACCACACUGGCUAUGCAUGUUCUCUGGGACUUAAAGAAAAAAUUCAGAUGUGCUGUGUUAAAAAACAAAACAACUGGUUUUGCAGAAAUUGGAGAGCAAGUGAUCAAUCUGGUCACCUAUAAGGCAAAGAGCCAUCAGGAUUACAUUCCUGUGCUCCUCCUUGUGGAUGAUUUUGAAGAACAAGAAAAUGUCUACUUUCUACAAAAUGCCAUCCAUUCCAUUUUAGCAGAGAAGGAUUUGCGAUAUGAAAAAACAUUGGUAAUCAUCUUAAACUGCAUGAGAUCCCGGAAUCCAGAUGAAAGUGCAAAAUUGGCAGACAGUAUUGCACUAAAUUACCAACUUUCUUCCAAGGAACAAAGAGCUUUUGGGGCCAAACUGAAGGAAAUUGAAAAGCAGCACAAGAACUGUGAAAACUUUUAUUCCUUCAUGAUCAUGAAAAGCAAUUUUGAUGAAACAUAUAUAGAAAAUGUAGUCAGGAAUAUCCUAAAAGGACAGGAUGUUGACAGCAAGGAAGCACAACUCAUUUCCUUCUUGGCUUUACUCAACUCUUAUGUCACUGAUUCUACAAUUUCAGUUUCACAGUGUGAAAUAUUUUUGGGAAUCAUAUACACUAAUACACCCUGGGAACCUGAAAGCUUAGAAGACAAGAUGGGAACUUAUUCUACACUUCUAAUAAAAACAGAAGUUGCAGAAUAUGGGAGAUACACAGGUGUGCGUGUCAUUCACCCUCUGAUUGCCCUGUACUGUCUAAAUGAACUGGAAAGAAGCUAUCACUUGGAUAAAUGUCAAAUUGCAUUGAAUAUAUUAGAAGAGAAUUUAUUCUAUGAUUCUGGAAUAGGAAGAGACAAAUUUCAACAUGAUGUUCAAACUCUUCUGCUUACAAGACAGCGCAAGGAGUAUGGAGAUGAAACAGACACUUUGUUUUCCCCAUUAAUGGAAGCUUUACAGAAUAAAGACAUUGAAAAGGUCUUGAGUGUAGGAAGCAGACGAUUCCCACAAAAUGCAUUCAUUUGUCAAGCCUUAGCAAGACAUUUCUACAUUAAAGAGAAGGACUUUAACACGGCUCUGGACUGGGCACUUCAGGCCAAAAUGAAAGCACCUAAAAAUUCCUAUAUUUCAGAUACCCUUGGUCAAGUCUACAAAAGUGAAAUCAAAUGGUGGUUGGAUGGGAACAAAAACUGUAGGAGCAUUACUGUUAGUGACCUAACACAUCUCCUAGAAGCUGCCGAAAAAGCCUCAAGAGCUUUCAAAGAAUCCCAAAGGCAAACUGAUAGUAAAAACUAUGAAACCGAGGAAUGGUCACCACAGAAGUCCCAGAGACGAUAUGACAUGUAUAAUACAGCUUGUUUCUUGGGUGAAAUAGAAGUUGGUCUUUACACUAUCCAGAUUCUUCAGCUCACUCCCUUUUUCCACAAAGAAAAUGAAUUAUCCAAAAAAACUAUGGUGCAAUUUUUAUCAGGAAAAUGGACCAUUCCUCCUGAUCCCAGAAACGAAUAUUAUUUGGCUCUUAGCAAGUUCACAUCCCACCUACAAAAUUUACAAUCAGAUCUGAAAAGGUGCUUUGACUUUUUUAUUGAUUAUAUGGUUCUUCUGAAAAUGAGGUAUACCCAAAAAGAAAUCGUGGAAAUCACGUUAAGCAAGAAAGUCAGUCGUUGUUUCAGGAAAUACACAGAACUUUUCUGUCAUUUGGAUCCAUGUCUACUACAAAGUAAAGAGAGUCAAUUACUCCAGGAGGAGAAUUGCAGGAAAAAGCUAGAAGCUCUGAGAGCAGAUAGGUUUGCUGGACUCUUGGAAUAUCUUAAUCCAAACUUCAAAGAUGCUGCAACUACCAUGGAAAUUAUAGUGAAUGAAUAUGCCUUCCUACUGAAGCAAAACUCAAAUAAGCGCAUGACAAAUGAGAAACAAAAUUCCAUUUUGGCCAACAUUAUUCUCAGUUGUCUAAAGCCCAGCUCCAAAUUCAUUCAACCACUUACCACGCUAAAAAAGCAACUCCAAGAGGUCUUGCGAUUUGUAGGACUAAGUCAUCAAUAUCCAGACCCUUAUUUCUUGGCCUGCCUCCUGUUCUGGCCAGAAAAUCAAGAGCUAGAUCAAGAUUCCAAACUAAUAGAAAAGUAUGUGUCAUCCUUAAAUAGAUCCUUCAGGGGACAGUACAAGCGCAUGUGCAGGUCCAAGCAGGCAAGCACACUUUUCUAUCUGGGCAAAAGGAAGGGUCUCAACAGUAUUGUUCACAAGGCCGAAAUAGAGCAGUACUUUGAUAAAGUACAAAAUACAAAUUCCCUCUGGCACAGUGGGGAUGUGUGGAAAAAAAAUGAAGUCAAACAACUCCUGUGUCGUCUAAGUGGUCAGGCUGAAGGCAAGCUGAUCUCUAUAGAAUACGGAACAAAGGAAAAAAUUAAAAUACCAGUAAUAUCUGUUUAUUCAGGUCCACUCAGAAGUGGUAGGAACAUAGAAAGAGUGUCUUUCUACCUAGGAUUUUCCAUUGAAGGCCCUCUGGCAUAUGAUAUAGAAGUAAUUUAAGAAAAUACAUCAACUGUAGUUCAAAUAUGUUUAUUUAUAUCUUUAUGAUUUUAUUCCCUCUCUCUAUUCUCAUGGCAUUUUCAUGACAUUAUUGGCUAACCUCUAAUCAUAGAUUUUGCUUUUGCCUCCCUGAAAGAAUUGUAAGCCUUUUUAAGAUAUGAAAUAUGCCUACACGCAGAGCUUGGCACACAGUAGAGUCAAUCAUUUAAUGUUUUAAAUAUGCAUUUUCAGACUCAAAUAAUGAAGAAGUUUCAUUGGUAUCCACUGGUCACAUCAUAACUGGUUAUAGGGCAAUAAAAUCUGUGUUAAAUUCGAUUGCCUUUAUAUGUUAUCUGAAUUAUUUCUUCACUGUGACAGCAAAGAUUUAAAUAAGAUGAAUGUAAAAGAGAAAGCUUAUUGGACUCAAACCCACAGAUGGACACCAGAGUUCCACUUAGCUCAUCUUGGUAUCAAUAAAAACUCAUGUGGAAGGUAAAUAUGUUGUUCCCCAUCCUCCAUAUAACACUUUCUUCAACACACACACACACACACACACACACACACACACACACACACUCCUUGUACCCCUUGCCCUUCUCCUAGCUCAUGGCUUCAGGAGAGAGAAGAGUUCAAAAAAUAAAGUAAUCAUAAACUUGAACUCUCUCCAUUCUCUUCUUCCCAUUUACAGGUGAAUCUCUUCCUUUAAGCCAUUUUUGUCUCCUGUGAAUACAGCCUUAUCUCCACCUGUUCCUUAGAUCCCAUCUCCCCUGGCUUCUUUUUUCCAUUCAUUACCCUCUUUGUUCCCUUUACUUCUCAACCUGUGCUAUACACAUGCUGUUAUCUCUGUUGAGAUUGCCUUAUUUCCAUCUAACAUUCUCUCUCCUCCUAUUCUGAUUUGUCAUUCACAACUGAGUUCAAGAGUCAUGUCCACCAGGAAGUCUUCCAAGACUACCAUCAUUCCUGACUGAUUAGAGGGCUUCCUCAUGGUAAUAUGUGUUCUCAAGUUUUCAGUGUUAAGGAAUGCCAUUCCAGACACUCAUUCUCAGAUGCACAACAGCCAGAAAAGUCUCAAGCAGCAUUCGAUAGCUUGGAAUUUAAGAGCUAUGAAAAGUGAAACAUAGGCUAAUAUAGAUUAAAUUGAAUAUUGAAAUAACAAAUAUGUUUACUUAUCCA